AUGGCUUGGAUCCUGUUGAUGCUGCUAGGAUUGAUUUCCCAAGGAGUGGCUUUUACGCCUCCGAAUGGAAAUCAUCACGUCGGAAAGGCCAAGACGGAUCUUGGAGUGUCAACCACAGUAGCUCCACCAGAAGUCGAAGUUCUAUCGUCGAUUCCAGUUACCAAGGACGGUGGAAUGCUCUAUCGAUGCAAACAUGCGUCCACGAGCACCCAAACCGACAUGACCUUUGCAAUUUUUCUUCCUUCGAUCCAUGCCAUUGGAGUCAGCAAGGCUCCAUUGCCCGCUAUUUACUGGUUGUCGGGCUUGACUUGCACGGACGAAAACUUUAGUCAAAAGGCCGCCAACGCAUUUGCCAAAGCCGACAAGGAAGGCGUGAGCAUUAUUCUACCCGACACCAGUCCCCGUGGCGAUGGAGUUCCCGAUGAUGAGGCAUCCGAUCUUGGCAUGGGAGCUGGGUUUUAUCUGGAUGCUACAAAAGAACCUUGGGCCGAGAAUUUCAACAUGUACUCGUAUGUGACACAGGAGCUACCAGAUUUGGUGGAAGAAAAGUGGGGAGUAGGAGCCAAUGGAGUCAAGUCCAUCAUGGGACAUUCUAUGGGAGGACAUGGAGCGUUGACCAUUGCCAUGAAAGAACCAGAAAAGGCAUGGGUCAGUGUCAGUGCCUUUGCUCCCAUUUCCAACCCAACCAAAUGCCCAUGGGGACAAAAAGCAUUCCAGAAUUACCUCGGUUCUGUCGAAGCUGGCGAGGCACAUGAUGCCACAGUUUUAGUUGGGCAAGAAGGGACCACCAAGUUUGACGACAUCUUGAUUGACGUGGGAACUGACGAUGAAUUUUUGACCAAUCAGCUGAUGGUGGAAAACUUGGAAACCGCAGCUGAACAAGCAGGACAAAAGUUGACAGUGCGACGGCAAAAGGGCUUUGGUCAUUCCUAUUACACAAUGGCAACCUUUAUUGAGGAUCAUAUUGACUUCCACAUGAGACGGCUUCGAAAGGCAGCUGGGGCACAGGCAAUCAAAAAGAUGGAGUCGACAGCGGUCAAAAUUAACGUGGGUGAUACCAAAGGCAAACCCAUCAAAUGCAAGGCCAUGGUGGCAAGAGGUCCCAAACAGCCCUUGUCGUACGAAGAAAUCACGGUGGAUCCUCCACAAGCAGGUGAAGUCAGAGUCAAGGUGGUGGCCAACGCUCUUUGUCACACGGAUAUCUACACGUUGGAUGGUCAAGAUCCGGAGGGUCUCUUCCCUUGCAUUCUGGGCCAUGAGGCGGGUUGCAUUGUCGAAAGCGUUGGACAAGGUGUAACAAGUGUAAAGGUGGGAGACAAAGUCAUUCCGUGCUAUACACCGCAAUGCGCGCAACCAAGCUGCAUUUUCUGCCAGUCGCCGAAAACCAAUCUCUGCCCCGCCAUUCGUAGCACGCAAGGACAGGGUGUUAUGCCUGACAAGACGGUUCGCUUCAAGGAUAGUAACGGUGAACCCAUCUAUCACUUCAUGGGUGUGUCCUCGAUGGCCGAGUAUACUGUUCUUUCCGAGAUAUCUUGUGCAAAGGUUAGCUCCGAAGCGGACCUAGAAAAGGUUUGCCUCUUUGGUUGUGGUGUCGCGACUGGUCUGGGGGCUGUCUUGAACACAUGCAAGGUGGAGCCAGACUCGUCCGUGGCCGUGUUUGGACUUGGUGCCGUGGGAUUGGCCGUGAUCCAAGGGGCCAAAAUUGCUGGAGCCUCCAAGAUCAUCGCUGUUGAUCUGAACCCGAAAAAGUUCGAGGCUGCCAUUAAGCUAGGAGCUACCGAUUGUGUAAACCCCAAAGACAUCGAUAAACCUAUUCAACAAUACAUCUCUGGAGACCUGACUCCUUGGGGCGUCGAUUACACGUUUGAUUGCACUGGUAAUACCGAGGUAAUGAGGGCUGCCUUGGAGUGCGCCCAUCGAGGUUGGGGCACUAGCUGCGUCAUUGGAGUGGCCGCAUCUGGCCAUGAGAUUUCAACUCGUCCUUUUCAGUUGGUCACGGGAAGACGAUGGGUGGGCACUGCUUUUGGAGGAUACAAAAGUAGAACGGAUGUGCCCAAAUUGGUGGAAAAGCAGCUCUCUGGAGAACUUCCAAUCGACCACUACAUCACGGACGUUUUUGAAGGCGUUGACAAGACGAACGAUGCGAUUGAUGCUCUUCACUCUGGGAACUGUCUCCGAGCAGUGGUCCAUUACUGAGGAGACACGAUAGAAAACCAGUUGCAGUAGAUUUUAGAAGUGACUCAAGGCCAACGUUGGCAUGAGUUUUGCUUUUGCCGUUG